GUUCGCCAGUGAAUCCGUAUAUUAUCGAAAUUACUCCCUUAUUUCUUUUUUGGAAAAUCUAAAACACUAAUCAGACAAUUCCACGUGACAGCAUAAAGAGAGCUGAUAUCUAAAUAUCUAUCUAUCUAUCUAUCCAUUUAUCGACUAAUAAUUCAUCCUACUUUGGACCAAUGAAAUAAUGUUCUACUAUAGUAGUCAUGAAAGAAACAUUUUCUAACAUUUUGAGAUUGUCAUAAUCAAAAACAAAGUAGAGACAUUGUGUGUUUUUGAACGAAGCGCGAAAUUGGAAAAUUAAAUUAAAACAAAACAAAAACAAUGUCCUCGGAUGAAUUGAAACAAUCAUUUUUAGCAUUUUGUAAUUUUGUCAAAAAAGGAUCAACUACAGCAACAGAUAAAACAUUGAAAAAAAUUUGUACAGAUUGUCAAAUAUAUUCGAAAAAAUUAGAUGCAAAUCGUGUGGAUAUUGAAUUUCGUGCACAUAUUGGCAGUGCAAAAAGAGAUGUAGAUUUCCCAGGAUUUGUUAGUUUUUUGGAAGGUCGAUUAGCUAAAGUCUACGCAACUGCCAAUGAUAUUGAUCAACAAACUGCCAUUAAUGAAUUAAAACGGAAAAUAGCUGAAACAUCACCGGCAAUACAUGGUGGUACUAAAAUCAGCUCUGAUCCAACAAUUUCUCGAUUAACUGAUGUGAAAACAUUUACUGGUUCACAUAAAGAACGUUUCGAUGUGGAAACUGGUAAAGGUCUAGGCAAAGCUGGUCGUGUCGAUCCAUCGCCCUAUUUCACUACAAGUGGUAUAUCAGCGCCGAGAAAGUGAAAAACACGCACGGAAAAAUUGAUAAGCGUACAUAUUUCACAGUUGUAUAUAUAAAUAUAUAGAUAUAUAUAUCGAGAUGCAGAAACAGAGAGAAACAGAGAGAGUUGAUAAAAACAUCUCUACAUAAUCACGUUGUUUCGCUAUUAUUCACCUGUUUUGUUUUCAUCUCAUUCAGUGUCAUUUGUUCAAUUUCGUUCAUUCGUUCAUUGAUUUCAUGAUGGCGAUGACGAGCAUGAUCAUGAUUAUCAUCCAUUGAUCACAUUGAACAGUUUUCUUUUUGUUUAAAUUACUUUGUGAUCAAUUUUUAAAAUUAUUCAAUAUUGUUGUUGUGAUUUACUACUACCUACUACUACUCACACUACUACUAAUACUAAUACUACUACUCCGACUACUACUACUACUCACACUACUACUACUUACACUACUACUAC